AUCAGAUCCGCGCUCGGUUGAUGGAUGCGGUCUUCAAUGCCGGCAAGUUCAAGGGCAGAUGGUUCAGCGAUGUGGCAGGCUCGGAGUCGGCCUUUUGCGCCUGGGCCAAGAAGCAGAAGCAGCCCCCAGGCUAUUUGCGAGCUUUCGUGGAGUACCUGAAGACUGGGAGGCGCGGUCAACGUUCUUUGGAUACCGUCGUGGUGACACAUCCCAGGGUCAAGGAGCCGAAGGCGGAGGAGAAGGAGAAGCCGGGCCAGGGCUUGAAGUUCGACUUCACCAUGGCCUUGGAGUUGGUGAGCCCCGAUGAGUUCGAGGUGGGCCCCGAAGAUGCCGACCUCGAGGUGCCCCGAACGUUGCGAAACGCGCUGUCGCAGCGCCCGGAUGCGACGCCCGCGGCCGCGAACUCGCGGUGGCGCUUCGCGGCCAAGUCCUACGUGGCGGUGCUGCGGUGGCUGGAAUGGAACCCCGAGUUCCGGUGCCGCGUGAGCUCUGUGCCCGGGUGGGUGCUGAUGAAUGUGCCGGCCUUCCGAGACGCAGCGGACCAGGUCCAGGCGGUCAACUCCUUGCGCCUCUCCAGUGCCACUCUGCAGCUCCUGGCGGAGCUCCCGAAGCCGGCGCCGAAGCCGGCGCCGAAGCCGCCGGACCCGGCGAAGGAGAAGCUGAAUCUGGAGGGCCUGGGUGGUACUUUGCUUCCCUUCCAGGUGGAGGCAGUGAAGAUCGGCCUGGAGCGGCAUGGCAGGCUGCUGCUCGGGGACGAGAUGGGCCUAGGGAAGACGGUCACUGCGCUGGCACUGGCGCGACACUUUGCCAAAGAGUGGCCCUGCCUCGUGCUGGCCCCGGCGCCCUUGUGCCGCGUUUGGCAGGAGCAUGCCCUCACUUGGCUGAACCUGAAGCCUGAGGAGGUGGUGGUGAUCCGUUCCAGCAAGGACGUCGUUCCAUCUUCUGCUCAGAUGGUGGUGGUAUCCUACACCCUCAUCACGGAGGAGCGGUUCCAGUGCAGGCACGACUCGAAGGAUUACGCUGUGGUGAUCCUUGACGAGUGCCAUAUGCUUCGGGGCGCCAACUCCCAGCGCAGCAAGGCGGUUGGGCCCAUCGCCAAGAGAGCCCGGCGAGUGCUGCUGCUCACGGGCACGCCGCUGGUGGCCCGAUGUCAGGACGCCUAUCCCCUGCUGAAUGCGCUGCUUGCAGACUUCCCCAGCCCACAGGACUUCGCGAAGCGCUUCACGGAGGCGUCGCGGCUCCGGGAGCUGCACGUGCUGCUGACGGCGGUGAUGCUGCGCAGGACCAAGGAGAACACCCUGCAACAAUUGCCUCCGAAGCGACGCCAGCGAGUUGUGCUGGACAUGUCUCCACCUCCGCCGUCGGAGGACGAGGUCGAGGAGCAAUGUUCAAGGCUUGCAAAGAGCAAGGCUGCGGCGGUGGCGGAGUACAUGGGAUGCCUCACCGCGUCCGGCGUGCGGUUCCUGGUCUUCGCCCACCACCUCGCCAUGUUGGACUCCCUCGAGGCCUUCCUGCGAACCCAGGCCGUGCCCUACAUCCGCAUCGACGGCUCCACCCCAAUGGCCCAGAGGUCCAGGUAUGUAGACGCCUUCCAGCAGAAUCAGGAUGUGCAGGUGGCUCUCUUGUCGCUGACGGCGUGCAGCCAGGGCAUCACGCUGAACUCUGCCUCUGUGGUGCUCUUUGCGGAGCUCUUCUGGGUGCCCGGCGUCCUCCUACAGGCUGAGGAUCGCGCGCACCGGCUGGGCCAGCAAGCUCAUCCUACAGCUUGCCGUCUUCCUGCGGAGGAUGUUGGCGAGGCGAGCAUGGUCAACGUUCACUACUUGGUCGCGCCUGGCAGCGUGGACGAGCGCAUGCUUGCCGCAGUGGAGCGCCGCGCCAAAGACGCUGCCGCGGCAGUUGACGGCCGCCGCGCGACGGGGAGCCUUGCGCCCAAGGCGGAGGCAGGCGUCGCGCUGGAGGCUGUCACAGGGAAGCGAAAGCCAGAC